AUGUCCUUCACUACCAAGUUCGCGAUGUGGUGGGGGAGUGUUACCACCAAGACCGAAAACCUCUUCAACAAGGAAAAGCAACGCCUGGUCGCCCACGAGUACUAUGACAACCCCAACCCAAAGUCCGCUCGACCGAAGAGCAUGCACUCAAUCCGCGGUAGCAUGCGAGCAGCGGGAAGCACCCGCAGCUUCCAAAGCGCUGAUGACACUGAGAAGCGCUCUAAGUCGUCUCAUCAGCAGCAAGAAAGGAAGUACGAGGGUACCGUAGAACAGGUCUCAGGAUACAGUAACUCGCAGUACAGCGGCGCGCAGCAGGGCCAGUACAUACAAGACCCGAAGUAUAUGCACCAACAGCAGUAUCAGGGCUAUCCAAAUCAAGGCUAUAACCAAGCCUACUAG